AUGAGUUCUUCAAGUGAUUUGGCGGAUAAGGAGACUCCUCCUCUCUCUCCAACCGCGUCCUUGCACGAAUCUAUGGUUUCAAUGAAGACAGAGGAUCACAAUGAGCUUUACGACCAUAGACAGCACGACGAUCCAAUGGAUAUGGCUAACGCAAAUACCACUUCCCCUCAUACCCAUGUCCGUCCCCACGAUCUGUUAUUCUCCAAUAAUAACAACAACAGUAGCAACGAUCAACCUGCUUUGGAUGCAAAUUCUCAGUUGGAUGAUGCUAAAAAUAGUGGCACGAACAGUGCUGCUGCAAAAAGAAGGAUGUCAAAGGCUCGUUCUAUGUCCACUACCAACUCAAUGAAUUUAAAUCAUGCAAACCUAUUGGCUAAGACAGCGUCACAGAAAUCAGAUGUUCUACCUUCCAAUGCAGAUGCAAAUGUCAAAAAUCCCAAUACCAGGAACUCGUUUGAUUCGGAAAAUUCACAGGCUUCGAGAGAAUCUCAAGAGACAGAAGAAGAUGUAUGUUUCCCAAUGGGGCCUGCAUUGCAUACAAGAGUCAAUGGAAUCGAUUUCGAUGAAUUAGAAGAAUUUGCUAUUCAGGUUAAUGAACAGAAACAAAAUUAUUAUAAUUCAAUGAACUAUAAUAAUAUCUAUAACACUAACUUCUGUUCAGCAAAUGCAAUGGAUAGUGAUCAAAUUAAUAAAUCCACAAGUCAAGCUAUUGCUUCUUCUUCCUCUUCACUUAUCUCCUCUGCUGCGUUGAAAUAUACACCGAGGCAAGAAAAACUUCUGAAUUCUGAUGAUACCUCUACGUCCCAAAAGGAUAGUCAUGAUAUUUCAUUAGAAGAUAAGCAUAAUGAUAAGAGCAACAACAAUGGUGUCUUCUUUGGUAACAACAAAAUUGAAGAUGAAUUUGAAGAGGAGAGCAAAGAACGUGUUACAAAGCAUAAUACUAUCCAUAAGAAAAAUGAUGGUGACUCAUUAACAAAUUCAAAUGAUAGUCAUAACCCACCUGCAAAUGAACAAAUGAAUUUUACUUCACCAAUAAGAUACUCUUACUUUUGCUCAGAAUCUGAAGAAACUGUGCAUGCAGAGGAUAUCGCAAGUCUAGUGAAAGAUGGAGAAUCAUAUUUCGAACUAUUUCAUGGUGGUGAGCCUACAUGGUGGUUGGAUUGCAGUUGUCCGACUGAUGAUGAAAUGAGAUGUAUUGCCAAGGCUUUCGGUAUCCAUCCUUUGACAGCGGAAGAUAUCAGGAUGCAAGAAACUCGUGAAAAAGUUGAAAUGUUUAAAUCAUAUUAUUUCAUAUGUUUCCAUACUUUUGAAAAUGACAAAGAAUCAGAGGAUUAUCUAGAGCCAAUUAACGUGUAUAUCGUUGUCUUAAGGACUGGUAUUUUGACGUUUCAUUUUGGUCCAAUAUCACAUUGUGCCAAUGUUAGAAGGCGUGUCAGACAACUAAGAGACUAUGUCAACGUUAGUUCUGAUUGGUUAUGCUAUGCUCUGAUCGAUGAUAUCACAGAUGGGUUUGCUCCAGUUAUUCAAUCUAUAGAAUAUGAAGCUGAUACAAUAGAAGAUACGGUCUUCAUGGUUCAAAAUUUAGAUUUCUCAGGUAUGUUACAAAAAAUCGGUGAAAGCAGACGUAAAGUUAUGACACUAAUGAGAUUACUAAGUGGUAAAGCGGAUGUUAUUAAAAUGUUCGCUAAAAGAUGUCAAGAUGAGUAUUCAGGUAUUGGACCUGCAUUGACGUCAUACAUUAAUAUAGCAAACCUUCAAGCUGCAAAUAAUAAUAUGAAUUAUAAUAUGGAUUCUUCCCACAAUUUUACACCAAAUGGUACUCAAACGAAUAUACAUGGUAGCUCCAGUAACACGAAUUUCAUUCAGAAUCCAACUGGCCAGCAACCGUCAUUUCAAAAUCAACUCCCUUCACAACCAUUCCAAAAUACAUUUUCAAAGAAUGCGCAACCCAGAAGUGAUAUUGCAUUAUAUUUAGGUGAUAUUCAAGAUCAUUUACUUACCAUGUAUCAAAAUUUAUUGGCUUACGAGAAAAUUUUCUCUAGAUCACAUUCUAAUUAUUUAGCACAGCUACAAGUCGAAUCUUUUAAUUCUAACAAUAAAGUUACAGAGAUGUUAGGGAAGGUUACUAUGAUUGGUACAAUGUUAGUGCCAUUGAACGUUAUCACAGGUUUGUUUGGUAUGAACGUCAAAGUCCCAGGUGAAGGUGGCAGCAUUGCUUGGUGGUUUGGUAUCCUUGGUGUUUUAUUACUAUUAGGUGCCCUAGGUUGGUUCUUAGCUUCAUACUGGGUUUCAAGAAAUGAAAGACCUUUAUUGGAAGGUAAAGAGAAUAACGAUAGUGGAGCAAAAUCCAUUAUUACCAACUUGUUUCCAAGGGGUGCUCGUGGAGCGAGAAACUACCGUAAUACUUCAAAUAAUGGUAGAGGCAGACAUUCAUCAAAUCACUCCAUUCAGAGUUUACCAAGUAGAUACAGUCGCUAUAAUUGA